AUGCGCCGCCUGCAGAAAAAGAAAACAUCGAGUUCUCGAACGGCCGCCGUCCAAGUGUCGUCAGACGAGAGUCUCCUGACACUCGGCGGAUGGCGUGCUCCGUACCUUCUCCCCGGAUCAAUGACCGCGGAGAAGGAUCAUGUCUUAUGCCAUAUCGGUGCCCCCCUACGCAUUCCGCCAGCGCGGAAGUCUCCGAUGCGGUACCAGCGCACCGGUACCAGCAAUAAUAAUAAUGAGUAA